AUGACUCUCCCUUCCAACGUCCACGUCUCCUCCCACCCCUGCUUACAAGCCAAGCUCUCCCAGCUGCGCUCCUCCUCCACUUCCCCGCGCGAGACAAAGGCGCUCGUCCACGAGAUCUCCAACAUCCUCGGCGUGGAAGCUUUCACCGGAUUAAAGCCAUUGAAGACAGGAAAGGAUACAACCCCUCUCGGCGUCGAAUAUGAGACCCAAGGCAUCGACCCCGCCGACCUGGCCCUGGUGCCCAUCCUUCGCUCAGGACUGGGCAUGGUCGAAGCAUUCAACGCCCUCCUCCCAACCCCGGUCCCAAUCUACCACCUCGGCCUCUUCCGCGAACGCGUCACCCUCCAGCCCGUAGAAUACUACAAUAACCUCCCCUUCCACUCCUCCGAGCUCAGCCCCGCAUCGCCCGCCUCGUUGGACCCGACGAUCAACACCGCCGCGGCAACGCUGGCCGUGCUGCUUGACCCGGUGAUUGCGACGGGAGCGACGGCCGAGGCGGCGAUCCACUUGCUGCAGGAUUGGGGCGUGCAGAAGAUUAUUCUGGUGAGUAUUCUUGGUUCGGAGGCGGGAGUUAAGAGGGCGGCGGCGUCGUGGGAAGGGGUGGAGGUGUGGAUGGGAGGUGUGGAUGGGGCUGUGGAUGAGAAGGGAAUGAUUGUGCCGGGAGUGGGGGAUAUUGGAGAUCGACUGUUUGUUGCUCUUGGAAAGUAG